AUGAGUAAUAUUUUAAAGGGACCAAAUAUGGAAGGGACUUCAACGAUGACGGUUACCUCGCAUAGCUCAGAAGACUCCAGUUGUAUUUCAAAUCAGGAACAGUAUGCUGAUAUUAAUAAUGAAAGUAAUAUAAGUGGUACAGAAAAUUGUAAAACUUCGAAGAGAAAGUGGAUGAAAGAUUUUUUUAAACUUUCCAAAUCCCCAGCUGCCAAAAGCAACCAGAGUUUAAGUUCCAUGAAAAGCAACCAGAGCUUGAUUUCAAUGAAAAGUAGUGACGAUGGCAAUAAUUUUACGAAUGAUUGUUCUUUUACUUGUGGUGACCGUUUUCUCUCUGGCGGCUUGAGUCGUUCUAGUAGCAUGAAAGAAUUGAAAGCAGGUCCAAUUGGAAGCCAAAGAUUAAAAAAAAAUGUUCCAUCCUUGGCUCCUUCUUCCAUACCACCCCAGACAACUUUUUCCUCUUCGUGUUCUUCUUCUUCUUCUUCUUCUGAUGGCUCUACAAAGCGAACUGAAAAUAAUAUUGGAUUGCAAAAGAGUAAUCGCCUCAUGCUUGACAAGGAAAUUCCCCCAAGUAGAGGAAGCUCAAAUAUAAAUUCCGAAUCCAUCAUGAAUCAAUACAAUAUUGAUACUCAAGCCACCGCUAUAAUGAGCGACACACAAAAGCAGUAUGAAUCACAGCAGAUGUCAUCGGCCUUUGUAAAUGAGGCCUUACAUUUUGAUCCAAAUGGAAAAGUUACAAACAUAAUAAAAUCAAUAUUCAAAGAAAUUGGCUACAAGUGUGACGAUUUUAGUGAAAUUCCGGUUGUGCAAUUAAUGCAGGAAAUGUAUCAACUAGUUAAGAAGAAUUCUAAUGCAAGAAGAACAAAGUUAACAGCUUAUGCUUCCAAACUCAAAGAAAAAGAGACGCAAGUAAAAAGCCAGAACGAGAAACUACUCAGAUUAGAAACGACGAACAAAGCCUACAAAACUAAAUACAAGGAAAUAUCUCUAGAAAAUAAGAAAAUAAAGGAGGCGUUCAAGGAACUAGAUAAUGAAUCAUACGAUUAUGAUGAAGAAUUAUUAAAGAAAUACAAAUAUACUAAGGAAACAUUAGAGAGAGUCAAUAGAGAGCAGCAACUAAUCGUUGAUCAAAAUGAGUUCUUGAAGAAAAGUGUUAAUGAACUUCAAAACGAAGUAAAUGGUACCAACUUCAAAUUUUCCUUAUUCAAAGAGAAAUAUUCCAAGUUAGCUGAUAGCAUCACUGAAUUGAACACAUCGACAAAAAAAAGAGAGGCUUUGGGGGAAAACUUAACCUUUGAAUGCAAUGAAUUGAAAGAAAUAUGCUUAAAGUAUAAAAGAAAUAUCGAAAACAUAUCAAAUACCAAUAAGAAUUUGCAAAAUUCAUUCAAAAAUGAAAGGAAAAAAGUUCUAGACUUGAGGAAUGAGAGAAAUUUGUUAAAGAAGGAAAUAUUGCUUAUUGAAUGUCACGGUUCAUACUCCUUACUCCUUGUAUCUAAUAUAUUAACAUGUUAUCGGUUUUUACUGCCAAGUGAAACUAUUAUUGAAACUGAAGCUUUGAUAAAGGAAUUACUUAACAUGAAUAAUUCCCUCGCAAAUUAUCUCUCUUCCUCUGAUGAAUCCCCUGCGGAGUUUUCAAAAAGGUUAGAAUCCAAAUGUAUAGAGUUUGAAGAAAAGUUACUAUAUUUUUAUCAAGAAGUUGUGACAAAGAAAAUCGUUGAUAUCAUUUACAAAUGUUUCAUCAACUACUACAAGAAGAGUAGGCAAACAGAGCCAAAACCCACUCAAAACGCCACUACGCCAUACAAGCAAAGCCAAAGACAAGUUCCGCAUUCCAACAAGUAA